CAUAAAAAGCAGAGCCGGAUACGUAAAGGGGAAACCAGUAGAGCACCAAGUGCAGAAUGAUCAUGAGCAGGAGAGAGGUGCUGUGGAUCCCAAGGCAAUAAUCCCUCACGCUACCAUGCCUGGCCUAAUCCCACCAAUCCCAGAGCAUUUCAACAUGGAUAGAGAUGACUGCAGAAGAAACACAAAGAUAGGAAAGAACCUCAUGUGUCGACUAAAGUGCAUGUUCUCCAGUUCAUCUGCUCCCGAGAGCAGGCUAAGUUUAGAAGAUACCCAACAAUGGUCUCAGUCUCUGGAGCGACUCCUGGGCUCGAAAUAUGGCUUGGCCACGUUCCGCACCUUCCUGAAAUCCGAAUUUAGCGAUGAGAACAUUGAAUUCUGGCUGACAUGCGAGGACUACAAGAAGAUAACUUCAUCUCAUAAAAUGUCAUUGAAGGCAAAGAAAAUCUUUGAGCAAUUCAUUGAAGCAGAAUCUUCUAAAGAGAUAAACAUUGACUAUCAGACACGUGAGGAAAUCAAGAGGAAUGUACGGAGUCCAACGGUGCAGUGUUUUGAUGAGGCUCAAAAAAUCGUGUUCGGACUGAUGGAACGUGAUUCUUACCCCAGAUUUCUACGAUCUGAGAUGUACCGGACCCUCCUGGAAUCCCUUGCAGCAGAUACUGCCCAAGGAUGACUGCAUGGAUAUAUCACACCAAUGCUAAAACUGAAAUGGCCUUGGUCUUCUCUGGAAGAGCAUCCAUAAGUGACACUUUAUGCACAGAGGGAUGACCAGGACCCCAAAGCUGGUCCCCCACCAAGGUGGAUCAACCCCUAAAGAACCAUUGGAACUAGGAGUCGUCGAGAAAGUAGAGCAAUGUUGCCUACUCUACCGUACUCUCUUUCUGUGGCAAGUUUUGGAACAAACCAAAUCAAAAUGGACUAGACGUCUCACUGCUCGUACUCUACAGUUAGCCCUAAAAGCCUCGUUAAAGUGCCAGCUGGGGGUGUUUCCUCUCUAGAUAAGGACGCAUCUCCCUUUAGCCUUUCCGGUGGUUUCUGAAGCUACAGCAUGGGCACUACACUAUUGUCUCUUCCUGUCAAUUACAGAAAAUCUUUAAGAACUGUUUUGCCAAUGACUUUGUUAACAGUUAUACCCCAGCCUGUUGGUUGAGGUGGUUAGGACAUUCUUGCGAGCAGAAUUGGACAUACCCUAUUUCAGCAAUGCCUAAUUGCCUCUCUGAUGUAUAACAUUAAAUGAAUGUGUGAUCUAAUGACCUACUUGAAAACUAAAGUUAAAAAGAGACAAUUGUUUUGUGUAUGCCAUACACACAAAACUGUAGGCAUUACAUAGUAAUUUUAUGAUGUUUAAUUUAAAUGCAAAUAUUUAUUAACCACAGCCACUGGUUGGAUGUUGACAUAAGUCCAUUUACUAUACUUACUGAGGACUUUAAAAUAAAGAUUUGACACUGUUGAA